UGUCGAUGAUGUCAUACCUCAAAACAGAGAAGUAAAUCCUCCCGUGAUUGUGACUCUGUUUUGUGACUGAGACUUCGUCACUAUUUCUUUGGUGAAAUUCGCCACUCUUUAAAAAUCUGAAGACCAACACUGAAAUCAGUAAAUUACUGUGGUUUUUUCAGCACAAACAUCUCUAUCAUCAACCGUGACAAUGUCGUUCCUCUUCGGAAGAAAAAAGACACCAGCAGAAAUGCUGAAGCAGAACCAGCGGGCCUUGAAUCGAGCCAUGAGGGAGCUGGAUCGGGAACGGUCGAGGUUAGAAGGCCAGGAGAAAAAGGUCAUCGCUGAUAUCAAGAAGAUGGCCAAGCAAGGGCAGAUGGAUGCAGUGAAGGUGAUGGCUAAGGAUUUGGUCAGAACGAGGCGGUACGUCAAGAAGUUCAUCAUGAUGCGUGCCAACAUCCAGGCUGUCUCCUUGAAGAUCCAAACACUGAAAUCCAACCAGACCAUGACGGACGCAAUGAAGGGAGUGACAAAGGCUAUGCAGACCAUGAACAGACAGUUGAAACUACCGCAGAUUCAGAAGAUCAUGAUGGAAUUUGAGAAGCAGUCGGAGAUUCUGGACAUGAAAGAGGAGAUGAUGAACGAUGCGGUGGAUGAUGCGCUGGGUGACGAGGACGAUGAAGAGGAAAGUGAUGCCAUCGUGUCUCAAGUCCUUGAUGAACUCGGUCUUGUACUCACUGACGAACUCACAGCAAUUCCGGGAACGGGAGGCCCAAUGGCGCAGAAGAACCAGCCAGCCGCAAAGCAAGCCGUAGCUGCUGAGGGAGAAGCCGAUGAUGACUUACAGGCCAGAUUAGAUAACCUGAGAAGAGAGUGAGCCUUAAUCCCUCACUCCUUAAUCCCUUGCCUUAAUCCGCUCUCCAAUAAUCCCCUAUCCCAAAUCCCCUCCCUGGUUUCUACAUAAUGUGAUUUUAAGAGCAGAGUAAAAUGGAUUGGAUAGCAAGGUUGUCAUGAUAUUGACAUUCUUAUGUCUCUGCUUUUGAAUUCACAUUAACCCUAACUCCAUAGCAUAAUUUACUAGGAGCCAUACCCAUCCUGGCAAAUUCAAACACUAUAAUAUAGUGUU